GAGAAAGUCGCGAGUCGAGUCGUGACGUCACCAAAACGGUCUGACAAGCUGACGUAGCAUCCAGCCAUGGAGGAAGUGAGAGUGUUUCCCCUGACCUGUGCCGUGCAAAACUAUGCGUGGGGGAAGGUCGGGCUGGACAGCGAGGUGGCCAAACUCGUGGUCGGUGGAGACCCAGUAGCUGUGGUGGAGGAUGGCAAGCCCUACGCAGAGCUGUGGAUGGGUGCCCACCCAAAAGGCGACGCCCAGAUUAAAGACAACCGGAUCGCACAGACCACGCUGGGCCAGUGGAUCGCCCACUUCCCUGCCUGCCUGGGUUCUAAGGUGAAAGACACCUUCCAGGGUCAGCUGCCCUUCCUCUUCAAAGUCCUCUCUGUCAAUACAGCCUUGUCCAUACAGGCCCACCCCAACAGAGAGUUAGCUGCUCGUCUCCAUGAUCAGUUUCCAGAGCACUAUCCAGACAACAACCACAAGCCGGAAAUGGCCAUCGCUCUCACCCGCUUUCAGGGCCUCUGUGGCUUCAGACCAGUGGAGGAGAUCCUGGGAUACCUUAAAUGUGUCCCAGAGUUCCGUGCUCUGGUGGGCAACGAGGCAGCGGAGGAGCUGCGGUGCAGCGUGGGAGAUGCGGUUCACACGAGCCAGAUGCUGAAGAAGUGCUUCACCAGGAUGAUGAACUGCGAGAAGAAGGUGUUCGUAGAUCAGCUCAACAUGCUGUUCAAGAGAGUCACUGAAGAGGGUGCAGCAGGGAAGGACACAUCGAGCAGCAACGGUGACCUGCUGCUCCGUCUCCACUCCCAGUAUCCCGGAGACAUCGGCUGCUUCUCCAUCUACUUCCUGAACUACAUAGUCCUGGAUCCAGGACAGGCCAUGUUCCUGGGAGCCAACGAGCCACACGCUUACCUUUACGGAGACUGUAUCGAGUGCAUGGCCUGCUCCGACAACACGGUGCGGGCCGGUCUGACACCGAAAUACAUCGACGUCAACACGCUGUGUGAGAUGCUGAACUACAGCCCGGCGCCCGCUAGCUCCAAAAUCUUCCCGUGUGUCCAGGACGCUUCAGAUCCCUGCGUGUCUCUAUACGACCCCCCAGUGCCAGACUUCACUGUUAUGAGGAUACAGGUCCCGGCCUCGGUGAAGCAGUACACCGUUGCUCCGGUCGACAGCGCCAGCAUCCUCCUGGUCAUCGAAGGCGACGCCGCGGCUACCUCUGCCGCUGCCCUCUCCGACGUCUCGCUGAGGCGGGGCACCGUCCUGUUCGUCUCGGCCAACGAGAGCGUCUCCCUGCACGUCACCUCCAAGUCGGGGAUGACCAUGUUCCGAGCCUGCUGCCUCCUGUAGCUGUGAGUCCGUGUGUGUGAACCCUCAUGCUACCUGUGUUCUUGUUUCCCUCCGGUGUGACUCAGAACGGUCUGCACUUUUUAGAAGGUAGUAUGUUAAAGGAGCUUUCAGACAAUGAGUAGAUGCCUGUUUGUGCCCGCUGCUCCCCCCCCCAUCCCAACCUCAACUUUAGCUUUAAAGUCCAGCAGUGAUUCACUGCUAAUUUGUUUUUACUGUCUUUUUUACCUGUAGUGAUGCAAUUACAUCUUAUGAAAAGAAAAAAAGCAGAAGAUGCGCACAUCCAAAAUUCUUUGUAGGUGCUGGAACGAGGAAAGCAUACUAAGAUUAAAAAGUAAAAUAUGUCCACAACACUGAAUAGGACCCAAUAUAUAUUAAAAUGCACAUGAACAUCUUUAAAUUGACCUUUGUCAGGCUCAAGUUGAGGGUUCUUGAUGAAGAUCCAGCAUUCAAAAUUGCAUGGAAGUUUACACUCGACCUCGAAAAGAGCAGUUGAGAAAACAACCUCAUGAGGUUAAUUUUGUAGCCGUUCUGGAGCUCACAGUCCUUUAAGUGCUUAGAAGAAUUAAAAAUGUCUUCAAUUCCAUUAUAACACCCAUCUACUGAUGAAGACCUUUGGGUAUGAUCGAAAGCUCUGGAACGGCUAAUAAAUGAACCUUUUGGUGAGGUGGUUUUCUCACACCAUCCACUGAUGAGGCCAGUGAGACGCUGUUAGAAGCCUGGAAAAAUCCACCAAAUGAACCUCAAAAUGUUUUCAAUGUUUAUUUUAAAUGAGUUGUCCUUCAGUGUUUCUGACAUGUUUUCCUUUUUAUUCCUAAUGCACUUACAGCUGCACGUUUUUAUCCUAUUGUUACACAUUCAAACAACACUGGAGCAGUGUGUGUGUGUGUGUGUGUGUGUGGGGGGGGGGGUGGUGGUAUGUUUACAGCGGUGCAGUCCUACAGGACCACCUCGUUGAGGACUGAGCAUGUCCGUUAUAUGAGCCAGCAGUUAGUCUUUCUAAAAAUCACUGGUGCAACUAACUGUUUUUAUCAUUUUAGUUUAGCUUGAAGAAAUAAACAUUGUUCGUAUAUAUCAACCGUAUAUAGUGUAAUACUGAGAUGCCUGUGCAUGUUUGAUUUACAGCAGUAAGACAGACCCCAGAAGGUAGUACUGCUGUAACUGUUACCAGCACAUGUGGAAACUUCAAGUAGAGAACAAUCCUAAAGUUAAGACAACAAAGAGCUACAUGGGAAUCAGGAAUGCAUAUUGAUUAAAACUUACAUACGACUAUAAAAUGCACUAAUGCUGCUCGUUACAGACUUAUACAAUUUGACCCGAGCCCGUUAACACGUCCACGUCUUCUACAGUAGUACAACAAAUCGCUGCAUUCAAUUUUAUAGUAUUAUUGGAACAAACGUCUGUAUUUCUGAGUAUUUGAAACCGUUUUUUUUACAGACUUUGCAUGUUUUGCGGAAUCUGAUGUACCGAUUCAUCAAUACGUGACAUUACAAAGUAAGAGAGCUGAACCCUGAAACCUGUAUUAUAAAGGUCUUACCUGUAUGUUGUGAUGUCAUGGGGUGACUGGUUUAUUGUCACAGUAAAAAUCUUUUAUGCUCACUUUAUGGUAAUGUCACUGGAUCAUUUCAGUACGGUGCAAAUAUUCCAGUUGGUACCGGGGUCAGUCUGAAUUCAGCCAAUCAGGAAGUGGAUUUUCUUGUUGUGAUCAUUUUUUAUAGGUUAUCUUGAAUUAUAUAUUUGAGAAUGAAUGCUCUCUCUGCCUGCCAACCUACCAGUGAGUAGAUAUGUAUCAGAGUGAAUGCUUUUACCUACUUCAUGACCGCAUUAGUGAUGUAGGUGGAUCUCUGAGCUUGUCCCCAAUAUACGUAGAUGCACUAAACCUUCAGAUGUUUGUUGUUGCUGAAACUGUUGAAAAAUGGAAGAAUAUUAAAGAGAUAGGACGUUUAUAGUUAAAAUCAUCACAUUUUUCAUUAAAGAACCAUUAGCUCAGAUUAGAGUCUCUGUAAUUACAGAACCUCCGGUUAUUUUUGUCAAAAACAACCUAAUAUUUGUGACCUUCUUGUAGAGGUUAGAGCAUUUUUAACUUACUUUAACUAUCACACACCUUUGUCACUGAUCUUGUUUUGAGUCACCUUUUAGUUUGAAUACUGUACUUUGCACAGGAAUCAAUGUUUUACCUUAAUUGUUUUAUUUAUCGAUGGAACUUCUUGGGGUAUUUCUCCAGUGAGGGCAUGGUUUAGCAUUUUUAAUUACGGUGAUGCUGUGUAGCCUGGGACUGCAGAGAACAUGUGGAUGUAAAAGUGGUUUAAUAAAGCCGUGUGCCAUUAA